AUGGCGAACUUCCUAGCCUCAAUCUUCGGCACCGAGCAGGACAAGGUCAACUGCAGUUUUUACUUCAAGAUCGGCGCCUGCCGCCACGGCGAUCGUUGCAGCAGGAAACACGUCAAGCCAACCUACAGCCAGACCAUCUUGAUGCCGAACAUGUACCAGAAUCCCGCAUACGACCCCAAGAACAACAUGAACGCCUCGCAGCUGCAAAACCACUUUGACGCCUUCUAUGAGGACCUGUGGUGUGAGCUAUGUAAAUACGGCGAGCUUGAGGAGCUGGUAGUAUGCGACAACAACAAUGAUCACCUCAUCGGUAACGUCUACGCCCGCUUCAAAUACGAAGACUCGGCCCAGAAGGCAUGCGACGAGCUCAAUAGCAGAUGGUACGCCGCACGGCCUAUAUACUGCGAGCUGUCGCCUGUGACCGACUUCCGAGAAGCAUGUUGUCGACUAAAUAGUGGCGAGGGUUGCACGCGAGGCGGCUUUUGCAACUUUAUACACCGCAAGAAUCCCAGCGAGGAACUCGACCGCGAGCUGGUACUUGCAACCAAGAAGUGGCUCAAGAUGAGGGGUCGCGACGAGCGCAGCGUUAGCCGCUCUCCUACACCUGAACCGUCAAGGAGGCGGUUCUAG